AUGGGCAGCUUAAGAGGAGUAGCUGAUGAAUGGGAUUCUUGCUCCCAUGUGCGGGACAUGAUGCGAAAUCAUGGCUCUCUCUUUGUGAAGGAGGCUGGGCAGGCAGAAGUGAGGGGAAACAUAGCAUGUGCCCAGAUCAACUACCACACCCUUAAGCCUUUGGUGGAAAGACUUGAAGAGUCCCCUGGUGUACUUGGCAUGCAUUCGCUCCCAGAUCUCAAGAAGCAGAAUCUAGAGAUCACUGAGAACUCUUGUGACCUGGGCAUGGAGGCGGUCGAUGAUUCUGAGGAAGAAGUGGAUUCGGAUGACCAAGGUGGUGAUGAAGCUGAUGAAGAUGAGUUAGAUGACAGUGGGGAACCUGAACCUGCUAUCCAUGAUGGUGAUGGGCCUACUAGUUCAACUUUGUAUGAUGAUGAGGAGCAGCCCCAUGAUAUCUUCGGGGAUGCCCUUGAGAGCCAGGAGGUUGCCGAGGGUGAUGUCUUCGUGGGUGAAUCCAAUGUCGAACAAAGUGAUACCCAGGUUCCUUCCAUGGAUGAAUCCAUCUUUGAACAAGCUGUUGAAUUUACCACCGAUAGCCAAGUUCCAGAAGAAUCUGACCUACAUGGUCUUACCCAAGCUGACCCUGAAGUUCUUUGCAUUGAGGAUACCCCUGAGAAGGAGAAGGAUCCCCAAGCUAUGUUUAAACAACGCCGUGAGAUCGAGGACAAGAUCAGUGAGCUUACCGUCAAGCUGAACAAUGCCCGUAAGCAAAGUGAUGAAGUGGACACCCUGCCAUUACACUCUAAAGAGAUGGACUUGCUUGCCGAGGAGUUCAAAAACACGCCCGCUGAGACUUACAAGGGUUUCGUCCCUGAAGCUCCCACAGUGCUUCGGCGAUCGCAGCUUGCUCUCAAGGCACCCGAGACUGACGAGGACAAGGGAGAGAACAAAAAGAAGGGACCAGGCAGGCCAAAGGGUAAACCUUCUGCAGCAAAAAGCAAAGCCAAGGCGAAAGCCAAAUCCAAGGCCAAGGGAUGUAAGAAGUUGGUUGACAACAAGGGGGAUGACCAUGAUGGGGACCACCCUGAAGCAACUUCAACUUCCGACAUUGGCAAGGGAGAUCCCAAGGAUGCAACACCAGAGGAUGCGGAAGUGCGACAGGAUCCAAGUGCUGGAACGGACCUCACCGACAUCAAGCCUUCAGAGAAGCCUGUCAAGAGGAAGAAGACCAACAAAGAUCCCAACACGUUGGCUGACAAACCCAUCAAGAAAAUCAAGCAGGACCAGAUUCAGAAGCCUGAGAAGACCGAUGAGACCAAGCCCGAGAUCACCAAGGAGCCCGACAAGCCCGACAAGCCCGACAAGCCUGGCAAGCCCGAGGACAAGAAAGACAUUCGGGAGCCCCCCAAGAAGAAGCCCCGUGGGCAGGCCGCAACAUUUGCUCGCAGAGUAGAACCCAGCACACCGUAUGGCAGGGCAAAGUGGUCAGCUUUGCGAGAUGCCUUUGUCUCAGUCAUCAAGCCCACUCUCUCUCACUACAGCGCUGCCGAGGACUCGCUGAUGAUUCGGGUUUGUGUCUGGCACUGCUGA